AUGUUCCCUCUUCGAUUCCAAGCAUCAACCUCGGCGGUUGAGCUACUUGUCGCAGUUGCGGUUGUCGUUGUGGUCGUCGUUGCCGUCUUCGAGGAGCUAGUGGCUGUGGUCGAGCUGCUUGAGAUGGAACCUGAUGACGUCGUCGAGGCGGAAAAGGUCGUUGAGGUUGCUGUUGACGCAGUGGAGGUGGUCUCAGAAGUGGAAGUUAAAGUCGUUGAGAUUGAUGACGUUGAUGAAGUGGAUGAAGUCGUUGAGGUCGUACUUGAAGUUGAAGUUGAAGUUUGUGAUGUCGUAGACUCAGUUGUGGAUGUAGAAUCUGAGGUCGCAGUCGUGUCUCUAGCUCGAAGAAUCUCGCCAUAA